AAAGGACGCGGUGAUGCUGAAUAUCUCUAUUGCAGCAUUAAUCGAUUAACACUGGUUACCGAUUUCGCGUCUGUCAGCUUUCAUUUGCCUAAGAUUCGCACAAUGGAUCCUGCAUUUCGAAAGAUAGACAUUCAAUUGGAUAUUGUUACUGCUUUGUUGGUUUAAAAACGCAUAAUCGUUAUCGUGUUUUUGUGGUGUUUCUUUGGAUACACGAAAACCACUAGCGCCGGCAAGACUUACAUAACAAUUUUAAAAGACAUAACAAUUUUAAAAGACAUGUGCUACUUUAAAGGAGAUUAUUUCGCAAUAUUAUCAAUUAUGUAUGGAACACUUGUAUGGGCGUAUCGCAUCACACGUAUUUCUGACAAUGCGUUAUCUCAUUUCCAAUUCAAAACUAAAAUACUGUAAUCAAAUAACACACGUGUAGCAAUUUAAAUAAGUGCGCGUUCAGUUUGGAACCCAUCGUUUUUGGACCUGUUAUUGGCUAGCGUGGAUGUUAUUUUGUGUGUAAACCUCGCUGUGGGUGUUGCUGUACGUUUGCAAUUAGUCAACGCGGUUACUGAUACAUUAUCAACUGAUUGAAACAUGACGGCGAUAAUGUGAGGGAAGUUGAUACAGAAGAUUGGUCGAUACACUCAUACAUAUGUAUAUAUACAUGAUGGAUUGCAUGUGACUUGACCGUUUUUACCACAUUUGUGAACAUCAAACUUAUUGGACUUACGAGAUGACAACCACCAAUACCAGAUGUUCGUGCUGUCGGUGGUUGUACAGUCUCUACGGGGAGUGCCUCGUUAUUGUGUGCACACUUCUGCACGUGUUCAUGACCACUGCGGAAAUCCUCAUACAUCUAGAAAUCAUAAAUGUCCCUGGCAAGACUCCGGUCGAUGGUACAGAGGUGACCGUCACCACACCCUCAGACAGCAACGUCACGACAAGUCUCGACCCAGGGGGGUGUAAGGAGGAGGAGAUGCACGACAACCUGGCUAUUAAAGUUAUGCAAUAUGGAACACUCGCAUUAUCCGUAGCGUUCGUCAUUGAGAGUAUUUGUAGACUGAGCUUCUCAAUGCUGGAUUUCUUCCGAGAUUGUUGGCAGGUGACGGACCUUGUUAUAGUAUUAUGUAGCUUGGCGGCGGAAGUGACGUUGUACGUUCUGCACGAGAAGCCCGUCUGCAUCAAAGCCGCCACCGAGGCGGCCCAGUUCGUUGUGAUUCUAAGAUUGUGGCGUAUACCUCGCACGUGCAACAUUCGACGGCAGCAGUACCGAAACAAGAUCGAGAACGAAAUCAAGUAUUGGAGGCAGUUCAAGACCGAUUCGGAGUCGCAGCUGAAGAAGGUGAUGGCGGACUCGGAGCGGCAGGUGGGGCAGCUGGAGACCAUGUACAGGAGUCAGGUGAUGGAGCUGCAGCAGCUGAGGACGGUGCUCAAACAGAACAGCUUCGUCGCCGAGGACCACAGUGAAACUGUCUUGGAUGAGACAAAACAUAUCGCCAACGGAUUUGCCAAACCACUUGCAAAUGGUGACGUCACGGAUGGCGUCGCAAACACGCACGCGGUGACGAUUCUUUUAGAAGAAACUAAAUAUGCAAAAGCACCGUCAUCGUCAGAUUUGGAGCGUAACGACUCUGAUAGUAAAAACAGUAAGAAAAACUCGCUUAACGAAACGGACAAGGUAACAAGUACGAUGGUUAAACCUCCUCGACAGAAAUUGGGUGGAAAGGUGCCGUCUGUUAUAGUGCAAGAGGAUGAAGCGUUCGACAGCGACGGAUCGGAGAUUCCAGCGGACGCCGUCGUUAGUGUUCAGGAAGUGGAGGUACAGAUUGAGGCGAUGUCCAGACAAAACCGGUUGUCCUCAGAGUCCAUUACCAAGGAGAUUGCUGACGCAGUGGCUGUACGGAGUGUGGAGUUGAGACGGAAGUCUAGUUUCGAAGGGACAUUCUUUGUGAAUCGUGGUUACGCUACCGAGGAAGACGAUGUUGCAGAUUUAGACGGUACUCGGACGUAUAGAAGUGCCGAUGGUAUUCCGAUGACGGAUUUGUAACGAAGCUGUAACGAAAGGUGUCCCGAAUACGCAUCAAACAGAAUAAGCAUCGCUCUUGGAAAACUGGGCUUAAUGCAUCUGACCCAGAUGAGCCUGUGAAAUCCGCAGAGACUAAUCAGGGACGACAUUUUCCGCUUUUAUUGUAUUUUUAUUGUAAAGGAAGUAACUUCUUAGUGAAAACCAAGUUUAUUCGGAAAGUGUCCUCUCUGAUAAGCAUUGCGGCCUGCAGUGUCUAAUCUGGGACAACACUUUACUCACAUGCAUUAAACCCCGUUGUACCCGAGCGUGGAUCAAAUUAUACAAAAGAACGCCAGAAACGACAUUAUAAUACAUACUGAUCCAAAAUUUCGUUGACCAAGUUAAUGCCUUAUUUAUUAACGGCAAGAUAUCGAUAAGUUAUAUUUUAUUUCCGUGUAGACCCGGCCUUGCCAACCUUGUGCUUUUUGAUCACACCUCGUAUUAUCGUUUCCUAUGAUAUAAGUGACAAAAAUGGCAUUUUAUUUCGAAACCUAUAUUAUAUUUUACCCAUUUAUGCCUAGCGUCUAGAAAAAGGGCUUUGGCAAACAGCGUAGACCCAGAUGAGACGCCGCAUGAUGCGGCGUCUCAUCAGAGUCUGCGCUGUUUGCUUAAAGGAAUUUCCGUAAGAAAUAUUCUAAAUAUAGAAAUAAAUAUACUAGACAUCCCUAAUUUUGGAAAUAAAUUGAUCCAAUUUCGAAGGACGGGAGAGUCCACUAGGCAUUAAUGGGUUAAUAUAUAAACUUGCAUUUUAAAAAUAAGAAACCAUAAUAAACUCAUUAACUACAUUUUCUAAAAUAUAUAAAUUUCCUUAUAGAAGACCAUAUAUUACAUUUAAUUCUAUCUUCACUGACAGCACGUAGGCGUUUUGCUUUAACCGAUAAUACAGAAAUGUUUAUGGAUUUACAAAGUCACUCACCUUUGCUCAUAUAUUUCUCAGAUAACUGAAACAUGACAUCUUAAAAAUUUGUAUACAAGGUUAUCACGCAAUUAGCCUGUAAAAGGCGUUCACAGUUCGUGAUCAUAACAACUACUAGUUUGUUAUUACGGUUUAGUUGGAAUCGAGUGUCGUUUCGAACAGAUAUUAACAGUAAUCCGUUAAAAUAGUUCUAGUUAUUACAGAACUAAUUAUUUCGCAGCUGGACUGCUUUUUGCUUUUUCAUAAGUAAUAGUGUCAUUUUUUAUGUUGAAUCCAAAGAUGUUACAUAUUGCAUGUGUUGUAUCCUACAUUGAACAUUUCCCUCUAUAGCUCGAUUGGUCAUUGUCGGCUCGGGUACUACUUACAUGUGCCCCAGGUACUCUUAAGUAUACUUAAAUGUACCCCGGGUACGGUAAAUAUACUAAAACGUACCCGGGAAUUUUUAACGCUAAGCCAGUUGUUGUCGGCUAUUCUUUUUGUAAAUUAUGUACACAGCUGUGUCGAUUUUCUGUUAAAUUGCCACUAUAUUAUCGAAACUCAUACUCAAAAAGUAUGUUGAUGCAGUUUUUUAUUAAAGAGAAGUUUGUUUAAGAUAUACAAUAUCGUACCCGGCGUAAAUGUAUGUAUACUUAAGAGUACCCGGGGUACAUGUAAGUAGUACCGGAGCCAACAAUGACCAAUCAAGCCCCACUAUAUUACAUAUUGUCGCUGGUAGGUUAUUUAUUGUCAUACAUGUAAUGUCUUUUAUAAUGUGAUUAUUUAAUAAAUAAAUGUACAUUUACCAGUUAA